AUCUUGAGAUGCUCAAACCAGCACAUUCUGUGAGAUCUCUCAAGUGGUGUGGGUAAAACUUGGAGAUAAAACCAAUGAUCAAUUUGGCUUUCUGUGGAAGGGAUUGUUUGUCCUGGCUUAUAUUUGCUCUCUGUUUGUAGCUGUGUGUUUUGCACCAGCAGAGCUUGGUCUCAGCACAGGAUUACCUGUUUGCCAUUUUAAAUGUAACGUUUUUCAGAAGGCUUGGUUUUCACCGGGCUUGUGUGUGUUCAGCCCCUUCCAAAGUUCAGUUUAGUGUUAUUGUUAUUGUAGGUGCAGUGUUUGGAAUGUUGAGGCUGUUACAGAUACUGUCCUACUUCUGUGCUUAAGGAACAUGAAAACUUGUUCAGAUAAACAAGUGGUAAAAAACAUGGUAAAUUGUUACCUAAAAACAUCAAAUGAGCUUUGUGAGGAGGAACAACUUUUAGACAGAAAUUUACAGCUGCUUUACAUAAAUCUGCUGUUCCUUGUCACUUUCAUCUUAAUGUAAUUUUACUUUACAAGCAGGACUAAAAAUCUAAAUUUCCAGCAACUGUCUCCAAUAACUGCAAAAUGCAGGAAGGAAGAAUAUUAGUGGCCAUGCUGGCUCUCCUUUAUUUCUCCUUUUUUAAAUUUUUUCCCCCAUAUUUCUUUGUUGCACAAUGACAAUCUGCCUAAAUGAAGAGCUGUGGGGUGUUUUAAGAAAAAUGACUCUUUGUUUGCUCUGCUGUCAGCAGCUGCAGCUCCAGGGAUGCACUGCUGGCUUGUCUGGAGUGUUUGUCCCCAGCCAGGACGCAGAAAUCUGCAGAGUUUGGGAUGCAGCAUCAUUGACAUUCCUGAGCCUAAGGGAUGUGUUAGAUGCCAGCAGGAAGCUGUGCUGUCAGCAGUGCCCAGGAUUAUGUUGGCAUUCUGGAGAAGUGAAAUCUCUGCCAUGUUUGUCUGUGCCCAGAUGAUGCUGGGGACCUGUCAGAUGUUGUGAUUGUGCCAAAUCCGAGCUGAGCCAGCUGCCACUGAGCUGUUGAGUACUGUCAGGUGCUCUCUGGAUGUGUGAAACUGAUUCUUCCCAGCAAAAGCAAAGCCAAGCCAGGAGGAUGGAUUUUUUUUGUCAGACACACAGAAUCUGCUCACCCUCUGCAGGAUGCUCCCCAGGAGAGCCGGCCCGUCAACAACGAGGACAGAGAGAUAUCCCAGCACGCCCUUCCCAGUGGUGAGGAUGAUGAGGAUGACAGUGACAGCGACAGCGAUGAUGAUGACGUGAAGGUCACAAUUGGCAACAUCAAGACGGGAGCGCCAUCCUACAUGGGAACUCCUAUGAAUCUAAACUUAAAAACGGGUAGAGGCUAUGGAGCAUCAGCUUCAGCCAAGUUGCAGCCCAAAGGUAUUGACUUGGAUGCCGCAGGGAAUAUUAAUGGAUUGCCUGUGAUAGAAGUGGAUUUGGAUUCAUUUGAAGACAAACCGUGGAGGAAGCCAGGUGCUGAUCUUUCUGAUUACUUUAAUUAUGGAUUCAAUGAAGAAACAUGGAAAGCUUAUUGUGAAAAGCAGCGGCGGCUUCAGCUGGGGCUGGACCCUGCUCCUCCCAUCAGCACUGAGAACAAGAUCACGGUUCAGCAGGGAAGAACAGGAAAUGCUGAAAAAGAAGUGGAAAACAACAUCAUCAAAACAGAGUUCAAAACAGACUUCUUGGCUCUGGUGGGAGGACGAAUGAAGGCUGGGCCUCCUCCCAACAGGAAGCUGGGUGGGACCAUUGAUGUGAUCGGGGGCCAGGCAGGCACGAUCCGCAGGGUGGAAGGGAGACGUCGGGAUAAACACGCCACGGAGGAAAACCCCAUUCAGGUCCUGGGAGACCACGGCAGCAAGCCCCAGCCCCCCCAGCAGCCCCAGCAGCCCUCGCAGCCCCAGCAGCCUCCUCAGCAGCAGCCGUUCGCUCCACCAGCAGGGCCUCCACCUCCCCCGCUCGCUGGGCCUCCUCCUCCACAUUUCCUGCACCCUCCUCCUCCAGUGACUUCUGUUCCACCUCCCCUGCAUCCUCCAGGCCUGCCACCUCCAGGUCCAAUUCCAGGGUUGUUCCCACCACCUCUGGCACCACCACCAGCUCUCCUCAUCCCAACCUUGGAUGGGCAGCCAGCCAGCUACAACAACAGGCAGCCACCUCCCUUUGGCUACAACUCUGCAGAUUCAGGUUUCAUCAGCUACCCCCCCAUCUCCACGUCCCACACGCCCUGGGUGACCACGGUGGACAAGGGCACGAGCAGCUCCAGCAGCAGCCACUGGGAAUACUCGGGCUCCAGGCGGGAGAGGGAGCGGGAGCGCGAGCGCGAACGGGAGAGGGAGCGAGACCGAGACCGUGACCGCACCCCGACCACCAGUGAAUACAACAAUGAUGACGAGCGGUACCGCUACUACAGCCGUGAGCGCAGCUACGACUUCGAGCGCGAUUACCGGCGCAGCCGCGACCGCAGCCGCGAGCGCGAGGAGCGGCACCGCGAGCGCCGCCACCGCGACAAGGACGACGGCAGCAAACACAAAUCCUCCCGCAGGAAGCAGCACGAGAGCGAGGAGGGGGAGAGCCACCGGCGCCACAAGCACAAAAAGAACAAGCGGAGCAAGGAGGAGAAGGAGGCCAGCGAGGACGGAGCCCAGGAGGGCGAGGAGCAGGACACCAAGGAGUGAGGCAGGCCCCCAUCAGCCCUCAGCAGGAACUCACUCCCGUGGAACCAGCAUGGCUUUGGUGAUAUUUUGCUUGGGGGGUGAUUUUUUUUUAUUAUUAUUUUUUACUUUUUUCCAAGGGAAGAGGCUGACUGGGCGAGCCGUGGCACAGCCGGCAGCGCUUCCGGAGCUGAGGCUGCACGUGCCCUUAAACUUCCUUUUUUUGUUUGUUUUUGAUACAAGACAAUACAGCAGUACUAGUUACAAAGCACUGAGCUACUCAUCCACAUCCCUAGGGAGAACUUUGGUGUAUCAGAUCCUAUGGUUUCUGAUGGAAGAUGGCUUCAGCUGAAACUAACGCAAUUAGGUCGUAGUUCUUGGUUCUUUUUGUCAUCAUCAUUCCUUUUUGAGAACUAGGACAGUAAGUGCAACUUGAAAUUUAUUGUCCAAAGAACAGCGUGGCUUAGAUCCCGGCAGCCAGCUUAGAGUCUGGCAUCCAGUAGUGAAAAGUCUCAUCCCUGAAUAAAUUUCUUUCUAGCUACAAAAACAGCUUCUGAUUUCUCCGUGGCCAGCUGGGCGUGUCAGGAGGAGCUGCAGGAUCUGCUCCAGGUGGGCACAGGGGCCUGCCUGGAUGUGACAGCUUCCAGAAGCUGCUGAGGGCGUUCACACAGCGUGUGCAGAGACUCCAAAACUGGCUUUUUUUAUCCAUUGCGAAGGUAGUUGUGUCUCGUUGCACCUCUACGUGGGGAAUCAAUGAAGAUCCAUAGCAAGAGCAUGAAUUUCUCUUUAAUUCCUUUUGACUUAACUAUUUUAUUUCCUUUUUUUACUAAGAGUUGACUGAAUAACCUAGAGUGCAGUAGAGAACACCAAGUCCCAGUUAGCAGUUUGCCCUCGUGGGGUUGGCAUUUCUAUUUGGGUAUCACCAACACUCCUGUCCAAUGCAUUCCUUUCCCUUAGAUUCCAAAAUAAAUUUAGUCAAAUUCCAAAGUUUCUUUGGACUUAGUAUUGGUUGGGGAAAGGGCAACAGAGAUGUUUCUGGGUGGGAAGAACAGGGGAAAUAAUUUUGAGGGGUUUGGGUCUGUCUGGUCCUUAGGAUCUGCCCUUCUGUUCAUGUGACUCCACAAAUGUCUCAUUUUCCUUUGACUUGUUAUUUAAAACUGUCUGAAAUAUUUGUCCUAAAAUAAUAUGGUUCUGAAAUGUUCUGUAUUUUUUUGUAUUGUAA